GCCGAGCAAAAAGAGAAGACCGCAUGCUAUGGUUGUUCGGAAAUUCUUCGAAUUCACGAUCUUAAAGUCAUAUGAUUCACAGCAGAUAUAGCAACAAAUAUCUCAAUUGGUAUUUUCCAAAGCCACGAAACGUGCAUUGAGUUUGGAGCGAUAUCUGAAGUGAAGAUUGAAGACGUGAUAGAAGAUGGACGACUACUGCUAUGCUAAGAUGGCGACGUCCGCUAAAAGAGAACAUGAAAGAGAAUCAGCGCCACCAACUUCCAGCAAAUCACCAACGGAGAUAAAGACGAAAGAUGAAGACAUCCAGCAACUGAUUAGUCAUUCUGAAGAACUUCCGUCUGAGCUGCAGGGGGUCAGCUCCACUUUGAAGCAGGAGACUUCACAGCCACCUCACAUUAAAAAGGAAGAGGAGGAACUCUGGAUCACUCAGGAGGAAGCUGAUCUCACCAAGCUGCCACUGACUGUUGUCUCUGUGAAGACUGAGGAUGAUGAAGAGAAACCACAAGUAGACAACCUCUUAGCUCCACUAUCAGAUAGUGAGGCUGAAGACGAGGUUGAAGUAACGUUGAGCAGCGAUGCAGACUGUGAAGGUGACAUGAGGACUCACGCUGACAAAAAACACGCCGACUGCUCGAAAAAGAAGACGUGUAAAAAAACUUUGAGCUGCAUGGUUUGUGGUACAAGAUGUACAAAAGAGAGCCGUUUGGCUAUACACAUGAGAACACACACAGGAGAAAAACCAUUUAAUUGUUCAGUUUGCAGUAAAAGCUUUUCUCAAAAUAGCGGUUUGACGCUGCACAUGAGAACGCACACAGGAGAAAAACCAUGUAAUUGCACAGUUUGCGGUAAAAGCUUUUCUCUAAAGAAUCCGUUGAUUGUACACAUGAGAACACAUACAGGGGAAAGACCAUUCAAUUGCUCUGUUUGUGGUAAAAACUUUUCGCACAACAGCAGUUUGACCGAACACUUGAGAACACACACAGGAGAAAAAGCUUUUCUUUGUUCAGUUUGUGGGAAAAGCUUUUCUCGAAGAAGACAGCUGAUUCUACACAUGAGAACACACACAGGAGAGAGGCCAUUUAAUUGUUCAGCUUGCUGUAAAGGCUUUUCUCAUAGGUGGAAUUUGACCAAACACAUGAGAACACAUGCAGUCGAAAAAAUAUUUAAUUGCUUAGUUUGUUGCAAAAGCUUUUCUGAGAAAGGUGAUUUGACUGACCACAUGAAAACACACAAAGGAGAAAGACAAUUUAAUUGUUCAGUUUGCAGUAAAAGCUUUUCUACUAAUGGGAAUUUGACUCAACACAUGAGAACACACACCGGAGAAAAAAUAUUUCAUUGUUCAGUUUGUUGUAAAACCUUUUCUCAAAAGGGCAGUUUGACUUACCACAUGAGAACUCACACUGGAGAAAGACCAUUUAGUUGCUCAGCUUGUAGUGAAAGCUUUUCUUACAAACAGGGUUUGACUCGACACCAAAUGAAACACACGGGAGCGAAACCAUUCAGUUGUUCAGUUUGUGGCAAAAGCUAUACUCGAAGGAGCCGUUUGUCCGGUCACCUAAGAACACAUAGUAAGUAGAAAAGAUUUAAAAGAUAGAAACAUUUUGGUGUUCUGUUUG